CACCGAUCCACGGAAAGAGUCGAAGAUGUCGGCUCGAUCAUGUGAUCAGCUGUGUCCAAUCACAGCUGAUCACAUGGGACAUGUGCACUGAUGAUCAGUGUGCCCUGAUGAUCAGUGUAGCCCCAGCAGUGCCACCUGUCAGUGUCCAUCAGUGCCAGCUGUCAGUGCUCAUCAGUGCCACGUGCCCAUCAGUGAAACAUCAAUGCCACAUAUCAGUGCCUACCAGUGCACAUCAAUGCCACAUAUCAGUGCCCAUCUGAGCUGCCUUUCAGUGUCACCCAUCAGUGCCAGUCAGUGCCACCUAUCAAUGCCAAUCAGUGCCACCU